UGAGCUUUCUCUCCCAGAGUCCCAGAUAGCCAGACUCCCCUUCUUCUGUGUAAAGCUCCAACCUUUGUACUUCCGCUUAAACCUUUAUCCACUGUGAAAACGCUCAAUUUCCCGUCGCUUAUAUUCCUGGACUCUUCUGAUCAAACCCUAAUUUGACGAUUCCAGAAACAAAAUAAUCAUUCCAAUUAUUCACGCCUCCAGUGAAAUUGCACAUUAUCAUCAAUCUACUUCCGAAGCUGUUCAACCCUAAUAAUUUGAUGCGGUUAUAUGAGGAGGACUGCUCUUUGGUGUGGUUGUAAUUGAUGUUGUAAGUUAACAAGUUGUUAGAAGAUUUAUAUAUUAAGUGAGUUAGAAUGGAUGUUCUACGUACUCCCAUCGGUAAUGGAGAUGAUAAUGCGGGUAUUCCAGAUGAUUUGCGUUGUAAGAGGUCGGAUGGUAAACAGUGGAGAUGUACAGCCUUGUCUAUGCCGGAUAAAACUGUGUGUGAGAAGCACUACAUUCAGGCGAAGAAGAGGGCAGCGAACUCUGCAUUACGAGCCAGUUUGAAGAAAGCAAAGAGGAACUCUGUGGGUGGUAGUCCGGUUUAUUUGGAGAGUAAGAGUGAUGACAAGGAUAUGCCUUUUACGGAUGUAGAAGCUCAGGACUUUCCUGUUUCAGGUUCGGCAACAAAGCCUAUGGACCGUGUGGGAAAGAAUCCAGUUCUCUGUUCUCCUGGAUCUUCACCUUUGAAAAGUUCAUCUAUGCUGAAUCCGUUGAACGCAGAGGAUGAUAUGCAGACAGACUUGGAUCUUUUUGAUGAAAAUCGAAGGUCUUACAGGGCAUCACCUCCUAACGCUUUAGAAUCCUCAAGGAACAUGUCACAGAAGAGCACUGAUAUGGUUACCGACGAGGCUCAUUCUGAUGCUAGCACAGAUUCUUCAGAUGACACUGGUGGAGUUACUUGCCAUCAGUGCAGAAAGAAUAACAAAGGCUCAGUUAUUUGGUGUCUUAAAUGUGAUAGAAGAGGGUAUUGUGAAAGCUGCAUUAGUACAUGGUAUACAAACAUUUCUUUAGAAGAGAUCCGAAGAGUUUGCCCUGCAUGUCGCGGCACGUGUAGUUGUAAGGUGUGCUCCAGGGUGGAUAAUUUGAUAAAGGCAAAAUUAAGGGAGAUACCUGCGCUGGACAAGUUGAGAUACCUUUAUUGCUUGCUGUCUUCAGUGCUUCCUGUGGUGAAGCAGAUCCACCAGCAACAGUGUGCUGAAGUGGAGUUAGAGAAGAAGCUCUAUGGAGUUGGCGUAGAUCUUGAGAGGACGAAAUUAAAUGCAGACGAGCAGAUGUGCUGUGACUGCUGCAGAGUUCCAAUUGUUGACUAUCACCGGCACUGCUCAGUUUGUUCAUAUGAUCUUUGCCUCAGUUGCUGCCAAGAUCUUCGCAGUGCAACUCUGGCUGAAGGAAAACAUGAUGUGGUGGAUAAUCAUAGCUCUGAGAAUAAUCAGUUUGGAGAUAUUCUGAAAGAGCAACAAGCUUCACCAAACCAUAGGCUUUUGAUAAGUGUGCAGGUUCCUGGUUGGAGGACAAGCAGAGAUGGCAGUGUACCUUGCCCUCCGAGGGAACAUGGUGGCUGUGGUUGCUCUUCUCUAACUCUUCGACGAAUUUUCAAGAUGAACUGGGUUGCUAAACUGGUAAAAAAUCUAGAGGAAAUGGUUAGUGGUUGCAAGGUUAAAGACAUUAGUAAAUUUUCAGACUCCAGAUCACUUAACUCUAGGUUCCGUGAAUGUGCAUCACGUAAGGACAGUGAUGACAAUUUCUUGUAUUGUCCAUCCGCUCAAGACAUUAAACACGAUGGGGUUGUUAACUUCAGAAAACAUUUGGCGAAGGGUGAACCUGUCCUUGUUAAACAGGUCUGUGAUGGUUCAUCAAACACAAGUUGGGACCCUAUGGUUAUAUGGAAGGAAAUAUGUGAAUCUACCGAAGAGAGGAUGAACGAUGCUGGUAAAAUGGUGAAGGCUGUUGAUUGUCUAGAUUGGUCUGAGGUUGAUAUAGAACUUGGGAAAUUCAUGAAAGGAUACUCAGAAGGGUGCCUCCGUGAAACUGGUUGUCCGCAAAUGUUGAAGUUGAAGGACUGGCCAUCACCAAGUGCAUCUGAAGAGUUCUUUUUGUAUCAAAGGCCUGAGUUUAUUAGUAAAUUGCCAUUUCUUGAAUUUAUUCAUUCAAAGUGGGGGCUUUUGAAUGUUGCGGCGAAAAUGCCACAUUAUUCCCUGCAAAAUGAUGUUGGGCCUAAGAUAUUCAUCUCAUAUGGACUUUCUGAAGGUUUAAGUAGAGGUGACUCAGUGACCAAUCUGCAUUUGAACAUGCGUGAUAUGGUAUACCUCUUGGUGCAUUCUUGUGAAAUGAAGGUUAAAGGCUGGCAGCAAGCAAACAGUGACAAGGUACAGAAAGCUAACAGGGAAAUUCAGGUGGAAGAUUUUUCAGGAUAUCCAUGCAGGGACUUGAAUGAAGAAGUUCCGAUUGAGUUUCCUGUUGGCGGAGAUGAUAGAAGAGAUGUUAAUAGGGGUAAACUAGACAUAAAUCUGGAUCAACAAAUAGAGGAUGUUGAAUGCCAGUCAAUUGACCUUGAACGCGAGCACGUGGAAAGAGGGAUGAUUUCCUGCGACACACAUCCAGGGGCUGUUUGGGAUGUCUUUCGACGGGAGGAUAUUCCGAAGUUAACUGAAUAUCUUAGAGCCUAUUGGGAGGAAUUUGGGAAGUCUAGUAUGGUUACUAGCCCUCUCUAUAGUGAAGCAGUGUAUCUGAAUGAUCAACAUAAACGAAAACUGAAUGAGGAAUUUGGGGUUGAACCAUGGUCAUUUGAACAGUACUUAGGCCAAGCGGUGUUUGUCCCAGCUGGAUGUCCUUUCCAAGUAAGGAAUCUUCAGUCUACUGUUCAGUUGGGUCUUGAUUUCUUGUCUCCUGAAAGCUUAGAGCAGGCAACGAAACUGGCUGAAGAGAUACGUUGUCUUCCAAAUGAUCAUGCUACAAAGCUUCAAAUGGUAGAGGUUGGAAAGAUAUCGCUGUAUGCAGCUAGUUCUGCAAUUAAAGAGGUGCAGAAAUUGGUUCUUGAUCAAAAGCUCGGUGCAGAGCUUGUGUUUGAGGAUCGUAAUCUAACUGCAAUGGUUUCAGAAAAUCUGGAGAGAAUGACGAAACAAACACAAGUUGUGUGCGCAUGAAUCAAUGUAUUUGCACGUGUUGCGACUAUAACCUCGAAUUGGAUAAAGCACAUCUAGCUUGAGAUUUCGCCCAGUAUCUGGUGAAAGUCCAAGGAGGAAGCUUGUAAUACCAACAAAAUUAGCACCAACAGCUACUAAAGAAGCAGACCCAAUGCCUAACAAAAGCCUUCGUUGGAACGUUGAUGCGAGUGGUGCAUAUUGCUCAGCAGGUGAUCUUCCAUAUUGGUUGCCACUCCCUUUCCCGUCACCAGGUGAUUGUGUAAGAUAUAUUCGGCCAAGGUUGGAUGAUGAUGAUGAUGAUGAUGUAAGAUAGUGGUACGAGUGCUGCAAUGUCAUUCUUCUUUAUUGUGUAUAAUAUCUCUAUCACAACGCCGUUGUGUCUUUCACGUGCGUGCUCUACGAGUUCUGGUGAGAGUAAAACCACACGGAUCGCAGAAAUGGUUGAUAUGUAUGUCUUCUCGAGUAUGGAGAAAAUUCACGUAUGUAAGUGUACAAAAUGGAUAUUACUAGCUCUUGCCUUGUAUGAGAUAAUGUUAUCCAUUUCAGCGCCUCAUUUUCAGUGGCUCUCAUUCAUUCUGGUUAAAGGUGGUUGUGCGUUGGGUAGGGCUUCUAGUCAAGCCCAAGGGUCGUGGGCCUGAACGUUACCCACGCCAAGCCCAAUCUGCAUCGGGAUUUGCUGGGCUGGGCCAAAAAAUUCAAAAUAGUAUGCUUUGUCGUGCCCGGCUUUCAUGCCUAAGCCUAGUUUUGGUAAAUUUAGUUGUGAUUUUUCCGUGGCGAGCAUCUUUAAUUGUAGUUGUGUACGGAGUAUUGUAUUGUAUCAUUGUAUAAAUUGAAUAUUCUGAUGUUUUCAGAAUUCAGUAAUUCACCAUUUCCUUUUCUGCAA